AUGGAGACCAUAACGACAGACUAUCUCGUCGUAGGCGCUGGCGCUAUGGGCUUAGCAUUCGUCGAUACUCUCCUCACAGAGACUAAGGCGACGAUAAGUUUAGUCGACCGCUAUGCCCAGCCAGGCGGCCACUGGACUAUAGCUUAUCCAUUUGUUCGGCUGCAUCAGUCAUCGGCGCACUACGGUGUCAACUCCCGUAUUCUGGGUGAUCGUAAGAUCGAUAAGAUCGGCUGGAACGAAGGGCUCGCUUCGCUGGCUCCAGGAGCAGAGGUUGUGGCAUAUUUCCAGCAUGUGGUGCAUGAUACGUUCCUGCCUUCCGGAAGGGUGAGGUACUUCAAUAAGCAUGAGUAUCUGGGAGACGGAAGGUUCAAGUCUCUGGCCACGGGAAAGGCAUAUAACGUCGGCGAAGCGACCAAGAUUGUGGACGCGACGUAUAUGCGCACGGAGGUGCCAUCGAUGCGCGAGCCGCCGUUCAAAGUUGCGGAUGGGGUCGACGUGAUUCCGCCAAAUGAUCUGGUCAAGCUCAGUCGACCGUACGGACAUUAUACAGUCGUAGGAGCUGGUAAGACUGGCAUCGAUGCAUGCCUCUACCUCCUCGACGCCGAAAUUUCACCAUCUCAGAUAUCAUGGAUCUUGCCGCGCGACCCUUGGUACUUCAACCGCAAUAACUUCCAGACCGGUGAAGAAUUCCGUGAAAGAAUACUUGCAGCCGGCGCCAGAUCAACUGAAGCCAUUAUGGCUGCCACGGACACACGAGAUCUGCUGCACCGGCUGGAAUCUGCCGCCCAUCUCACCCGCCUUGAUCCGUCUGUCGAGCCCGAAGCGUGGAAGUGCGCCACUAUCAGCCUCAAGGAACUGGACGCGAUACGCUCGAUACCCAAGUCCAACAUCACUCGCAAAGGGCAUGUGACCCUAAUCACGGCUAACAAAGUGACGCUCGACAACGGCACGUACGUUCCAGACGCGGAUACCCUCUACGUUGACUGUAGCGCCGGAAGCAUACCCAAAAGACCAAUCGUUCCUAUAUUCAACGGCAGACACAUCACGCUGCAAGCCGUACGCUUUUGCCAGCAGGUGUUUAGCGCAGCGGUCAUCGCCCGCGUCGAAGCUGUGUACACGGCCGAAGCCUUCAAGAAUGAAUUGUGCACCCCGAUACCUAUGCCAAACCACCCCAACGAGUAUGUGCGAGGGUACCUCCAAACCUACCGCAAUGAGAUCCUCUGGGCCUCGGAGGAGAAAAUGAAAGCGUGGCUGGGUGCGAGCAGAUUGAACGUGGCUGCAUCGCGGAUGCCGAAGCCCCCAGAGGACCCGAAGGCAAGGGUCGAGUUCAAUAAGAAGAUGCGGGAGAAGUUAGUCAUGCAGAUUGAGAAGCUGGAAAAGCUGAUGAGAGCGGACCCGGAUAGAGAGCAUUGGACGGGUGUGGAGGAGGAUAUGCAUCAGGCGAGGCUGUAG